AUGUUUCUCAUUCUUCUCGUCGCCUUUGCGACGAUCGUUUUGGCACAACUUCUGGCGCAAGCCUUCUUCCCGGCUAGCAUUCCUCUCACCAUUCGCUCACCGUAUAUGAGCAUAUGGCACGAUAGUGCCAGCGGUUCUCCAUCGCUAUCCAAUUCGUGGCCAUUAUUUUGGGGACGACAGUACGCAACAAGGGAGUUUCUCCGUCUUAAACCUCACAGGGCAGUGGACGGCCAGACAUACAUUUGGACAGGCGUGGACCGUCCUUCGGUGGGAGCGCUCAGCGCAAACAUCACAACCGUCCGAAUCACUCCGACGCGCACGAUAUUCGUCGUUCAGGCAGGCCCCAUGAACGUCACUGUAACCUAUCUAUCACCCAUCGAGCCGUCUGACUGGGUAGUGCAGUCUUUCCCAUUUUCUUACGUGUUGGUCGAGACUACCUCGAUGGACGGCCAUGCUCAUGAAGUGCAAGUGUACUCUGAGAUCUCUGGAGGAUGGUUGUCGGGCGACCAGGACAGCACCAUCCAAUGGAUCGAGUAUGCCACUGCCAACACGGUGAUCCACAAUGUUCAGCUUCAGUCGCCGCAGAAGUACGUGGAGAUCAACCAGCAGGUGCAAGAUGGCCAGGCAUAUUUUGCCAUGACCUCUAGACCUGGCCUCACCUGGCAGAUCGCGCGCGACAUUACAUGUCGCGGUCUGUUCCAUGACACGGGCGCUCUGAACGGUUCCCGCAGCCUGGCGUUCCGGAAAAUAGACCUGGAUGUGCCUGUUUUCGCAAUCGCCGUAGACCUGGGUAAAAUCCAAAGUAUAUCGACCCCUGUGACUUGGGCUGUCGGCUACGUUCGGAAUCCAUCCAUAGGGUAUACCGCCCCGGUCGGAACGACGCAAGACCUCAUGCCGUACUAUACUACGCGCUAUCCCGGGGUUAACAUUAGUAUCGAAGACUUCAUCUCGAGCUUCCCGGAUAUACAACGGAAAGCAAUCGCGCUAGACAAUGCCAUUGCCGGAGAUGCAUUGAAAAUCUCGCCGCGGUAUGCAGACCUAGUGUCUCUCGCUGCGCGACAAACAUUGGGGUCUUUGGACAUCACCGUCUCAACAGGAACCGACGGAAAACCUAACUCCUCCGAUGUCCGUAUCUUUAUGAAGGAUGUUGGUAUGGGCAGGCGGGUCAACCCUGUAGAAAAGAUAUACGCUGCCCUGCCUAUGUUGCUUUAUCUCAACGCUUCUCUCAUAGGACCCCUCCUGUCCCCUCUCUUGGACGCGCAGGAUGCUUCCAUGGAGGAAUUGUACGCGGCGCAAGACAUAGGUCUAGCAUACCCCAACGCUACGGGUACUCGCGGCGGUCACAACAAAGGUGUUGAACAGACUGGUAACAUGCUCAUCAUGAUCUACGCCCAUGCGCGCUUCUCCGGCGACGGAAGGAGGGACUUCAGUUGGCGAGGGUGCAACCAGACACGUAUAUGA